UGUCUCGUUGUUGUCGCCGCGCAUAAAAACACACACAUUGUCAUUUACUGACCAUGUUGAGUCAUGCUGUGUCCUGCUUGUCGGAGCCGGGCUUACCAGAAUCGUAUUAUAUUUUAACGAGAAUCGGAGAGGUAAAAGAAACGGGGAUGAAUAGCAGGGAGAGGGAGGGACUAGUGGUGUGUGGUGACAGGAAUUUAGGUGUUGGACUCACAAUUUAUGACAUUGAGAGUGGAGAUCGGUCUCUUCACAUAUCAACUUGUGCUUCACCACGCUAUGGAGUCACUUGUCUUAGGAAUCAGUAUCUUGUUGCUUCUCAGAUUCACAGGCCUGGUUGUGUUGCUGGUGGCAUCAUUUUCACCUGGUCCUUGAACAAGACUCAGGCGCCUCUGCGUAGCUACACAGUGGAAGUUAUUGGACCGCUUUGCUGCACAAAGGAUGGAGUUUAUCUUGCAGGUGGAGCUCCUUCGGGAACUAUAUAUAUUUGGGAGGUAACAACUGGAAAACUUCUCAAGACAUGGCAUGGUCAUAAUAAGUCGCUGACAUGUUUGCUGUUUUCUGAUGAUGGUUCUCUUCUCAUAUCUGGCUCUGAAGAUGGGAUGGUUGUUGUCUGGUCAAUGAUCAGUUUGCUAGAUCCGAUGAACAAUGAAAGUUGCAGUUCUGUACUAAGUUGUUUAUCAGCGCAUACAUCCUCAGUAACUGGUCUGUUAACUACAUCAUGCGGCUUAAGCUCAGUUUUCUUGUCAGGCUCUCUUGAUGGCUCAUGCAAGGCAUGGGACAUAUUUAGUGGGACACUUCUACAAACUCGAACUUUUGCCACUCCAAUAACUGCAAUUGUCGUCGAUCCAGAAGAGAAGCUUUUAAUCUCUGGAAGUUCAGAUGGAAGGAUCUUCGUGAACACAAUUGAAGUUGGAUUGCUUGAGGAUCCUUAUCACAUUUCUGAUGAUCAACAAAUAGUCUUAAAAGGACACACGGAAUCAAUUACUGCAUUAACCUUUUGCGGAUUGGGUCUCAUAUCUGCAUCCGAGGACUGCACUGCUUGCCUGUGGGAUGUUGUCGAUUGGGUGAUCAUUAGAACAUUUGAACAUCAAAAAGGAGCCAUAUCUAAUCUGCUUGUGAUGCCUCAAUCGUCACUGGUUCCUCUAAAGAGCCAUCAAAGACCAUCUAAUUCCUUCCGUUGUUCAUUGCUUGAGAAGUACACUCAAGCAUCUCCCACGUCCAACGGGAUGGCCCCCCUCUUACCAUCACGAGAUCAUGAAAUCAUGGAAGAAUAUUGCACCACUGAUCUACUAAACCAACAUAUCACCGACUUGCAGGAAGACCAUACAGUAGAAGCAAUGCAAAUGAAAGUGGACACAAACGUAGAGAACCGGGCAUGGAUUACAACAAUGACAAAGCAUACAAUGAGAAUGAACAAGCAGUUGCAGGUAAAGUUACUAGAUAUUGCAGAGCAUCGGCUUAAAGAGCUUGAGAAGACCGAAUCGCCUGCAGAUGAACCAAAGAAGAAAAAGACCAAGGAAAACGGUCCUCCUAUAGAUGGAGGAAAACAGCCUCAACAUUGAUCCUUUAGACAUACUUGAUCAGCCUCAACAUUGAUCUUUUAGUUACCUUCUGAUCUUGAUUAUAUAUAGUGCAAAAACAAGAACCAGGUGAAACUAUUAAGUCAUAUGGACAGGUGAAUGAUUUGCAUUUGGCCCCUGGUCUUUUAACUUUGUGCUGCAAUUUUACAUUUGUCUUGAAAAUAUGACAGUGCUGCCAAUACAUGGGCGUUUGUUUCUGGAAGUAUUA